UUUGUCCGUACGGACAAGCUUGUCAUUGUGAUCAGGGCCGGCAACGGUCCUUGGUUACUUCAAUUGCGCUUUACGCCAGAUAAACUUCGCAAGCUUGACAACCUUCUAGGCAGACUAUCAGUUCGAAAUUGGUUGCUGGCCUUCUCAUUCCAAUCGACUUCGACCUUAUGAGGCACAUACACACUAUGGCCUCUGGAAUGAGCCCUUCAGGAUCAAGGGUCAGAAAAACAGAAUGGAUUCCACAAUCCUUGCUGCAUGGGCGACAAGGCUCGGGAAGAAACAGUGCUUCGAAGACACAUCAACAGCUCAAGUGGGCCGUUUACAUCUGCGCCUUUGUGCUCUGCUUGCAAGCCCUUCUAGGAACGGUCGACGCAGAUCCAGUACUUGCGUCCAGUCUCGGCUUCUGCAAAAACGUGACAGUGCUCAAGGGAGCCCCACUGCAUUGCUGCCUCCCUGCUCCCAAGAGAACUCCCAUCAGAUUCAGAUUUCCGCGUAUACCUCGUACUUUCCUCGGUCGGCCGAUUCUCAGGGAGAGGAAGCCCGCGCACAUUGUGCAGAGAGACCCCGACUAUGUCAGGAAGUACAAUCUAGCUUACGCUAGAAUGAAGGCGCUCCCGGACACCGACCCGCGGAGUUUCCUCAAUCAGUGGAGGGUCCACUGCUCCUUCUGUAACGAGGCCUUCAAGCAGCGAAGGACUCCAGGCCCUCUCGGCCCAGAGACCGGCGUUGUGCUCCAAGUUCACUACAGCUGGACGUUUCUUCCGUGGCAUCGGAUCUAUCUGUACUACCACGAGAGAAUUCUCGCCAGUUUGAUCAAUGAUCCCACCUUCGCCCUCCCCUUCUGGAACUGGGACAACCAGUUGGACCAGGACGCAGCUAUGAUGCCGGCCAUGUUCUUUCCCAACUUCGGCGUUCAAAACUCUGCCCUCUUCGACCAGUUCAGAAACCCCAACCACUUGCCUCCCAAGAUCUUGUAUCUGGGAUACAACUCCAAGCUCGAAGCAGAGGGCAAACAGAAUCUGACCGACAAGCAGAUCAGAUACGAGAAUUUGUGCGUCAUGUACAACCAGGUGACCACGAAAAUCAGCGCUCGAGAUUUUCUCGGAGGACCUUACGUUGUCGGCACAGAUAACUCUGCUGCGACUGUCAACGUCAGCGCCGGUGAAGUUCCCGGAGAGUCUGGUGGGAUGGAGAGUGUGCACAACGUAGCUCACGAAUGGACUGGGCUCAUCAAUGACCCUGAGCACCCCGACAACGAGGAUAUGGGCAAUUUCAUCUACGCCGCCCGGGAUCCCAUCUUCUACUCUCAUCACUCGAACGUCGAUCGUCUGUGGGACGUGUGGAAAACCAUCCCCGACAAGGUCACGAGAUCCGGUAACAGGAAGAGAAUGGACUAUACGUCCAGGGAUUUUCUCGACAGCGAGUUCACCUUCUUCGACGAGAAUCAGGACAUGGUGAUCGUCAAGAUCAGGGACAGCCUUGAUAGCUCCAAGCUCGGGUACAAGUUCACUGACGUGAGUGAAUCUGACAACAUGUGGAUAUACUAUGAGCCCAUGCCUGCCCAGGAGUACCCCAGCAAUUCCAGUGAUUAUCCUGCAGCGACUCCAUCCGGAUACAACUACAUCGGCACGGAUCCUGUUAGCUUUAGACUGGAUCGUCGAGCUCCAACGAGCGAAGAUGCUCGAGAGAAGGGAGUUAAGAAUGUAGAUCAGUUGCAGGAGGACGUGGUACUGGAGAGGGUGAAGAUCCCACAUUUACAAUACGCCAGAUUUGACGUGUUCAUCAAUUACCCGGCAGCUAACAGGCAGACGCGUUUGUACAUGUCGGAGUUCGUGGGUACUUUCACGCAUUUGCCGAGCGGCAUGGUGGACAUGAGCAGAUCUGUUUCUGAAUCGUCGAGCGAAUCGGAGGACAAUUUCCGGAUUGUGACUAUCCGGUACUCCGUCAAUGCGGCGCUGAAACGACUGGGCAUCACAGAUUACAACACAGACAUCGUAGUGACCAUAGUCUCUAAGGGCGCGAGGAACAGCAGCCCGAAGACCGGAUUUACGUUCUCCAACCUGAUUCAAGACUUCCAGUAACUGUGAAGAGCAGCCGUGUUCCCCUUUUACCUUAGUCACGGCUGUGAAAUUUAAGGUCGGAGGUAGCCAAUUAAUUCUUCAACAAUUUUUCCUCUACAAGUGAACACAAUAAUUUAUCCCAUAUCUGUAAUACUAAACUCGGCAGCAUCUUAGGAUCAGGAUAACGAGGUAAGGCGUAAAGUGGAAUGAACAAGGAGCAGCCGUGUCCCACUUCUGCUUCCGUCACGGCUUUAUCUUUUAGAUCUUCGUCAUCGGAAGAGAACAUUGGUUUCCACUAUUUCUGGUUUCCACUGAUCUCACAAAUAUCAUUCAGUUCAUCAGUACACGCAUUGUACUUUCUUUCUAGGAAAAUAAACUUUAAGUAAGUAGGCUCAAAGUGCGAGCCCCUUUGCAAGC